AUGAGUAGCGGAAAUUGGGAAUAUACCUGUCAGGGAAGCUACUCCAAACUUGACAAUCAGCUACCGCCGCUAGAGAGUCAGUACCAUGUUCUGAGCAAUCCUCUGCCUCCGGAGAUGUGGAUUGGCGCCAUCAUCGAUCAGCCCCAGAAUCCCCAGGUCCUCAACACGCGGCACGAGACACCCCAAUUUGAACCCGCACGUAUUCGAGAGGCCACAAAGCGCAACGAGUUCUUCACAUUGCGGUGCGCCAGGGGAAAAGAAGGCGGGCCCUUGACCUGCUCGAUGCAGAUGCUGGCGCCGACCAUGCGCACGGUCGAGCUCGCGUCUCCCACCGCCAAAGACUACACCAGAACCCGCGUCUCCUCCGCGGCUGUGCAGGACUGGCUCGCGAGGCACAGGCAUAAGAAGCCGCUGUACAUGGUGACGGGCAUCAAGACGGUGACGGACGCGCGCUUCGUACAUCGAUAUCCCCGGGUCGUAAAGAAAUGGUAUACAUGGCAGGGCCUGCGCGAGCGCCGACUCCGCCCGCAGCAGCCACCCGAGCUGGUGGCGACGACGAUGACGGGCGAGCAUCCGUUUGGCGUCCGGAUUACAAAGAUGGAGUACAAGAAGACGGGCAAGGACCACUGGGCGGACUAUGAGUGGGUGUACGAGCCUUUCACAGAGGGAGCGUUGGCGCACUGA